ACACUUGUUACUAUAUAUAGUAACAAAAUUGCCUAUGAUUUCAACUGAUUAUGAGUGUCACGUGACCUAUUAUGAGUUUGCGGCCCCGGGCCGAGAACUAGUUAUCGGCCCGCUGAACAUGUGCACGUGAAACCAACGGUCACGUAAAACGUCAUCGCGCACAGUCAACAUUAAAUAUGGCCGGUGAGAGAGUCCUCGAAUCUUUGUCUAACAAACUUUUAGAUUUAGAUGCUAAAAUUAGAGUAUCUGAACAAGAUACCUAUGAUUUUAUUGAAAGUAAAAAAAAUGAAUCUACAAAGAAAAAAACAAAGAGCGACAUCGGAAGAUUUAUAGAUUGGCUCAGUGCAGAGGAAGAGACUCGAGCGGUUGAAACAAUUCCUCCCACAGAUUUAGAUAUGUAUAUAUCUAGAUAUUUACUGACGGUAAAAAAUAGCAAGACUGGAAAAGAAUUAGAACCAUCAACCCUGAAAGGCAUUGUGUCCAGCAUACGGAGGUACCUGAUUGAGGCGGAUUACUCGAUAGAUUUGACUACAGACAGAGCAUUCCGGCAUAGUCGAGAAACAUUGAAAGCCAAGACUACAGAUCUUAGAGAAAAAGGCCUCGGGAACAAAAUUAAAAGAGCAGACCCUUUUACCAACACAGAAAUACAAAUAAUGUAUGAGAAAGGCAUUCUUGGUUCAGAAAGUCCACAAGCCCUUAUUUAUACUAUUUGGCUAAACAACACCAUGCACUUUGGCUUAAGAGGUCGUCAAGAACACUCCACUAUGUUAUGGGGAGACAUUGAAUUAAAAAAUACAGCAGACGGAACAAGAUUCUACUGUAAACCUACGUAA